CAUUUGAGUGCUCUAGACUAAGCGUGUCUCCCAAACCGCCAUUUUCGUUAUCAUUAUUAUGCUCAAAGCAACGGCUGCCAUUCUGCUUUCUCUCUUCAUUUGCUCUUCAGAUUGCGCGGUAGGAGACUCGUGCACAUCUUACGGAACUUGUGACGUUGACCUCACCUUGGUUGGAAAUUACGAGUGCGCUGAUGGCUUAUGCCAGUGCAAACCGGAUGCUCAGCUGGAGUAUAACUACCAUUUGGAACCUGGUUGCUUUACGUCUACGGUCGCGUGUACCCCAACAUCCUGCAGGAAUAAUGCUUCGUGCGUGUUACGCCAGAAUGCAUUGAGCAAGUUGAACUCGUCGGUGUGUGCUUGCAAUAAUGGCUUCGCCAGCGUGACCAGGAGUUGCACUCCGGUUUCAUACCAGAGGGUCCUUCAACCUUGCUAUACUCCAUCUUCUGGCCCUGUACUGUUGUGUGAUGCUAAGGAAUACAGCUUAUGCAAAGACAGCAAAUGCAUUUGCUUCGAUAAAUAUUUUGCGAACAUCACCAGCGGUAACUGUGAACCGAUGGAAAGCUACACGAAGGAAUUCAACAUAUCAGAGUAUUUUGCAAGGCCAGGUGAAUAUUGCAAGACAGGAAAUCACUGCUUGGCUGGACUAGAUUGUAAAGACUUCACUUGCAAGUGUCCCAGCCCGUGCACUUAUGACUCCGAGGAGGAAGUGUGUGACUGCGGUGUUAUAGAAAGACCAGAUAUAAUUGGACCAAUCAUCACCGGCGUUAUUCUCGGCCUGUUGAUAGUAGCCUGCUGGACGUACAAGAUCUACUCUACAGUGGAUUUCUAUCGCGAGGCCCGUAAGAUGGGUAUCCCUCUUCCUCCGGACGGCGAUGCUGAUGUGAUUAUCAUCUCCAGCAGUCCAGGUCCUGUGACUAUAUCGCAGGGAGUGAAUUACCCUGCAAUGAAGCCUCCCUACGCGGCUCCGCCAUUUCACCCACCUAUGGCCAUGCAGAAUUCGAGUCUAAUGUAUCCUCCAAGAUACCCCCCAUUCCAGCAGACAUCAGCGUACUCAUCCCAGACUGGGGGCUAUUUCCCAAACGCCUACCCUGGACAGGCCCAGGCAGCGGAGUUCCAGUAUCCUCGCCCACCCGUACCAGGUCCUGGAAGUGAAUUCCAGAACUCCAGAAGGCCCAGCAUCCAACCUCCCCCUUAUGAAGACGUAGUACAGCAGGAUUCGCAGCCUUCGAAGCAGCGAGAAGCCUCCACUGAAGCCUGUUCUCAGCCUAAAGGAGAGAAGGGGGAGGAGGAGGAGGAGGAGGAGGAAAAGACACCUCUGCCUCCAGCCUCUGCAGAGUCAGCAGACGCUGUAUCUCGUCAGGCCAUGUCUGGACACGGAGCGCAUGGUGGAAGUAGCGUAGGGCGAUUUCCCGAUAUCACUCCUGAUGUAUCAGUCUAAUGCUCAUUGGGUCAGAGCAGUAAAGGAUCCAUUGUAAAGUGAAGUUUGCCUCUUUGCUGCAAUGUGCUCAGAAAAUCUGAACCAGCCCAGUAGACAAAAUGUCACAUGAUUGGAGUUGCAUGACUGUAGUACUGUCAUCUCAAGAGAGGCCUCUUGGAUUUGUUUACAUUGAAGUCUCCUAAUUGUGGAACCUCCUUGAGUGGAUGACAUGAAAGCAGAAAUUAUGUGUUUUUAGUCCUAAUGUUGUACCUGAAAGUUAAUCUGUAAUGCAUUAGACUUAGUCAUUAAUUAAUGGAUAUUUUUUAACACAGAUAGGCCUAUGUACCUUCAUCAAGUGUGUAUAGUCGACCACAAGUAUUCGUGAGGGAUGUGUACCUACUAUCCAACCCCUCCCGUGAUUAGCUAAAGUCCGCGAAUACUUGAACCCCCCCCCCCCCCCCCCCCCC